AUUCUUCUACAAGGUUUAACUUCUACGACUCCACUCUAGAUAUCUUUAGUAGCACUCACAUCUCUUAUUCCUGAAGAUGUCCAUCCUGGCCAGUGUUGUCCUCUUCGUGGCCGUGGCCGCAGCGGCUGAAGCUGCCUACGUCAAUCAGCUGGGUCAACCGUUUGAUUUCAAAUGCCCUCCCGGUCAAAUCAUCAGUCAUAUCGGCAGUGACUACGACCUGCUCCUUGAAGACAGACAGUGGGAGUUCCGGUGCAGGGCUGCCAACGUUAGCGAAGUGUGUUCCAGCAGUGGUAUGUUGGGAUUUUCUAUCAAAUAUAUUUUCAUUGGUUUCAUUUUCGUCAUGUUGCUUAGAUUAACUAUCAAUUAAUAUUAGUUCAUAAUUAGCUCAUAUUAUUUAUCUAUUUCUUUUUGAAAAGUCUAAAUUAUGCGUGUUUUCAUAUCGUACACACAUGGGCACCCGCAGGUAGGGGCAAGUUGGGAAAAGUCUAAAUUAUGCGUAUAUUCAUAUCCUACACCCAUGGGCACCAGCAAGUAGGGGCAAGUUGGGGCACUUCCCCCCCCCCUGGAUUGAUUGGAUAAAAAAAUUUUUUAGACAAAAAUAGACAAAAAAUUCAUUAAAGAAAAGAGAAAAUAAAGAGAAAGUAACUAAGCUGAUGUCCUGUCCGUUCGUUCACCAUACAAAUACACUACAGUAAAUUAAAACUAUUUUAAAACAUUACUAACAAUUUUUUGCACCCCCCCCCUGGAAAGUUAAUCGAUUUUUUUUGCCCCCCACCCCCUUGAAAGUUUUCUGCGGGCGCCCAUGCCUACACACAAUUUCACGAUACUUACCUUGUCUUCUUACCAUAUUUAUUUGGCACAAAUUUGCCAAUAAGGAAUGCCAUUUAAUGAUGUAAAUCUGUCAAUAUAGAACAUCCGGGCGUACAAGUCUGGCCAAUCUCAUCAAGAUAUUUUUUUUUAAAAAUCAUAUUAUUCGUUUGGUCAGUCUAUCAACAGCAGAUCCGCACUUCUAGAUUCAUGUGAGCCAGCGUAUAGUGGGUCUUAACCUAGACUAAAACGUGGUUACAGCUUCACUUUACGGAAGACUUUGAUUGAGUUUUCAAGUAAUUCAUAAGACACACACGAUCUCUUAUACAUAAAAGCAAGCAUCGAUCAAAUACAAUUUUAGGGCACCAAUAAGAAAAAAUAAGGCAUUUUUAACGGAAAAAAAUGCCGAUUAAACGACAUAACAACCUUGAAAAAAAAAAACAAAUUUUUUUCGUAUAAAUCCUUUUUAUGCAUUUGUUGAUUAUUUUAUUUUAUAUUAAAAUUCUAAUGAUCCACAAGCAUUUACACCGCUGAUUUAUUUCACCAUUUCACAAAACAGAAACAAACAAAAAUAGUACUCACUCUCGAUAUUUAAAAAAAAAAAAAAAGAAUCUCAUUUAAUGCAUUUAUGGGGAAUUUUAUUUAGUGACAUAAUUCUCAUCAUAUUUCCUUCAUUUUCCCCCUGAAAAGCUGAAUUUCGGUUUUGAGUUUGGGGAGCGGGGCUGAAAGUUUGAAAGAAUGUGUUGUCGUCGGCAAUGAGUCUGUGUGCCAAGUUUCACCGCGAUAGGAAGUGCGUCAAUUAGCCGUCCGAAGAUUUUUUCCUAAACACGCAAACAAAAGUGAAGUUAAUAUAAAGGAUAUUUAAAAAAACAAAAACAAUUGCAAUUGCCAUGCACAUGGUCAUAUGGCAACCCUGAAUCUAACACUGUAUUUAAGUUAAUCAAAAAUAAUUCAUAAGUUGUUUUUUUUAAAAAUUAUUUAAAGGAUACGUCAAUGGAUUUGGCCUGCCUCUGGCAUUCACCUGUCCAGGAAACCAAGUCUUGGCUGGGGUCCAGAGCUACCACGACAACCAGGUCGAGGACAGACGCUUCAACUUCAGGUGCUGUGAUCUGAGGAGUAAGGCCCCGCGUGGCUGCCUACACGGAAGUGACGUCAACACCUGGGGCGGAAAGCUGCUCCUCGAGGUCCCUCGGGGCAAGGCGAUAAAGGGUGCCGUGAGCAGUCACGACGUCACGUUUGAAGACAGAGUUUGGAAGUUUCAGAUCUGUGACAUCUAAAUGUCAAUCGUCAUAUUGACACAUGUAUCAUUAAAUAGGUACACUGAAAUGACGCCAUAAUACCGUAUGUUUGAUUGUUUCUGUGCAAGAUUUACACCAAAGUUUAGAGAUUAUUUAUCUAUUGUCACAAAAAUUAUACUAAACUUAGAAUCACUUUCAAUUUUAAUUAAUGUUUAAUUUUUUUUCUGAAAUUUUUAACAUUAUUUUUUAUUAUACGAUAUCACCUGUAGAUUUAAUAUUGAUGGCUUUGAUGAUGGUUUUUGAAUUGUAUUCCCAAUUUUACCAAGCCUCACAUCACUUUCUUAUAAACAUGUUGAUCAAUUGUUCCCUGGUUAGAUAAGGAAAAGACAACACAAAAAAAAUAAAUAAAUAAACUUCUCUAUCUCGCCUUC